AUGCCGCUAAUAGAAAUAAAUACAAAAAUGGGUAAGACUCAAAUAAACACCAAGUCAAGGGAUUACCUUAACGACAAAGAAACAUUUCUUAAAGAAUUGAAGCAGUUUAAUGAAAGUAAAAAUAUACCAUACAGAGUGCCAGUAGUGAAUGGUGUUGAAAUUGAUUUAUAUUUACUUUAUGCCUCGGUUCAACAAAAAGGUGGCUUGAGUAGAGUCAAUCAAACAGACACAUGGGAAUCAUUUCUGCGAUUACUCAAAUUGCCCUACCCGUGUGUAAAUGGGUCAACACUUUUAAGAAGGAUCUAUGGCAUGUAUCUUGAAAAAUAUGAACGAGCAAAAGGUCCACCAGGCAGGGAUGAUGAUAAUGACAUGGAUGAAGAUCCGAGGCGGAGUCGUAGCGGCAUGCCUAGAAUUAGUUUUGGUAGUGGCACUUAUAUUUCUGCAUCUGGUGAACAAUUAAAAACUACAACUCCUAAAUUUGCGGGGCCAUCAGAGAGGCUUACGUUGUCAUUGUUAUCGCCAAUGCCAAAUGAACAGGACUUUGCCAUCAAUGUGUGUACUGUUUUGGCUGCGGACCAUUCAAACAGGCUGCCUUUGAAUACAACUCCACACAUACUAGAUUUUUUGUUGGCACAUGCUGGAGUAUAUAAUCAUUCAAGUCUUCGAGACACAAUUGGUCGUUCAUAUUAUGAAGCGCGUGGUCGUUAUCCUCAUGAUUUUUGGGAAAUGCGUGCUGGAGGCGGCGGAGCUAAGGAAUUGGCUGAUGAAACUAAGUUUAUGCAACCUGGAAUCGAACAGCCUGAAUUGAUGGUACAAGCAUUAGCGGCACAUAACACAUUGACAGAUUGUCUCAUGAACGGUGGAGAUGAUGAUGAUGUACUGGAUAAAGUUGUUGAAGAUCUUCAUCAACAGGAGAUGGAAGAUUGGGUGACGGAACCGUCGGAGGAAGAUCAGCUCUUUGCACCAGAAUUACCCGGUGGAGCCAGUUGUGUGUACACACAGCGGGUCUUGCAAAUAGCGUCUAUUGUACGGUCACUGUCCUUCCAUGAGGAUAAUGUGCAAUAUCUAUCCAGAAAUACAACACUUAUUCGGUUUUUAUUACUCUGUGCAAAUUGUUGGGUGGGUACACUACGGCAAAGUGGUUUGGACACUCUUGGAAAUAUAUCAACUGAGCUUAUAAUUAAGGAUCCUGCUACCUGUCUCAUAUCGAGGCAUGUUUUAUCAACGAUACAGACUGCUUUAUCGUCGCCCGAUCGCGCGAGGAUUUUGGCCGCGCUGGAGUUACUUAACAAAUUGGCCCAGAAUGAGGCCAAUGAAGAGGCGUUGCUGAGGUCCCUUGAGGCAAAGGUGUAUAGUGACGUGUGUUCGUUGCUAACUCUACGUGAUAUAAUGGUGCUCGUUUGUACGUUGGAGUGCGUAUACGCACUAACUUCCUUGGGGGAAGCGGCAAGCGAAGCGGUAGCGAGAGUCACUGGUUUAGUUCAUACAUUGGUUUCUCUUGUUACUGUUGAGGCCCAAAGUUACGGUCCACGCGCGUGUAUACUAAUGCGUGUGGUGGAAACUGUGAGUGGACCCGCCGCUGUUUCUGAAAGGGAGUCCGAGAAACCUCAACAACAGCAGCCGCAAGUGCAAGUGAAGCCCCAAGAGCCGGUGACGUCAUCGAGCCCUCACGCCCACAUCAUCGUGUCCAACUCAGCCCCGCCCAACGUCACGCCCACCACUUCUCUUUCCUCGAUACAGGUGUCGCACUUGCAUCAGAGAACUGUGCAGGAAAACGAGCAUUUUGCCCAAGCGUGGUUGCGAUCGACGUACGAGCCGCUACCAGCGAACGAUAAUAGUACGUGCGACGCCGCGGAGAUGUAUCGCAACUAUAUGACGUGUUGCACGAAGGUCGGACGUAAGGGGAUUAUUGCGCCUGCGCACUUCCCGAGAUUGGUCAGAACUGUGUUUGGGGGUACGGUUGGCCCUAAUACGGUGGCGACAUCGAGUGGCGAAAUGCAGCAGUUGUACGUCGGAAUACGAGCAAAGAAUACGGGAAAAACCACUACACCCGCUGGACCGUCAUCACCGAUUCUGAAGGCACAGUUAACAAAUAAGAAUGACGUCAAACCAGUUGUUACGCAAGCCCAGGCCCAACCAGCGUCCCAUCCGCAUUUGUCGCAAGCGUUAGAAUCGACCGCCAAUACGUCGACAUCGCUUAUAAAGCAUCUACUCGCCCAUAAAGUAAGCCCCGGCAUUCAAACGCAAGUCGCGCAAAGACAAAACCAGAGAGCGCCACCAGCAGGUGCCGUUGUGAUUCAAACAAAUACGAAUACGGGAAUGGAAGUGGACCCGGAAACUUUAAUAAAAUGUACAACAAUUACUCCCGGGGGUGUUGCUAGUAAUACGCCUUUGCAAGAUAAGGUCAAUGUUGCAGAAGAUAUUGGUGCUCCGAAAGAAGCACCAGUCCAGAUACAAAUUGAUGAACAAGCUCAGUUGACUAUAAAGACCGCGCAAAACAAAAUGUUAGCCGAUCUCCUAGAAAAGAAAUCAAACCCACCCGUUCAAGUAGUCCAAAUGAACCAGCACGCACCGACCAUACAAAUAACCGAAACCGGGCAAAUCGUUCAAGUCAAACCGGAUGCGAGCCAGGUCAUAGUUAACCCGGAUCAACCGGCGCCAUAUUUACAGAUUAAAAACGAGCAAGGGCAACUGAUACAGAUAAAAAAUGAUUCGGGACAGAUUAUACAGUUGAAGAGCGAUCAGGGCGUGAUACAGUUUAAGAAUGAUCAAGGGCAAUUGGUACAGAUUAAAAAUGAAAGUGUUAUACAGAGUGUUAAAACUGAAGUUGACCCUAUCGUUACGGACCAUUCGUAUACGGAGCCGCCCUCGAAGAGGCCUAAAGUGGAGGACAAGACUGAGAAUAAUUCACCGCAAGAAAGCGUCUCAAAAACAGCAGCAAAUUUGUACGCGGCGCUCGCAGCUUCAGCUCUUGAGGAUGAAGAGGAUUUGUUACCACAGAAACCAGAGAAUUCAGAUGCAAUACAACAACCGGUGUUAGUCGGCGGUGCAGGGGAAAGUCCGGUUAUCAUCCAGGAGCCGAUUUUACAGGUACAGCAGCCGACACUACAAGUACAACAGCCAUCAAUGCAAGUUCAGCAAUCAUCAAUGCAGGUCCAACAACCGCCGCAUCAAAUGCAACAGCCAAUGUUGCAAGUGCAACCCAUGGAUGUUCAAAAUAUCAUCUCAUCUCAGUCUGGACAGCUUAUAUUACAAGAGAAAACAGUUACAUCUCAGCCUCAAUUUGUCCAACAGCAAAUGCAAUUGAUUGCGACACCAAACACAUCACAAGGGGGUAUCGGCUACCUAUCAUCGAAUAUUCCAGGAAAUAUGAUGCAGAAAACCAUUAUAAUAGUACAAGGAGCAAGUGGCGGACCGCUAACAUUAACGGUGAACAACCCGAGCGGUUUGGACGAGGCGACACUAAACAGCCUUAUUGCGCAGGCCACAGAGGCUAUAACCCAACAACAGAUUAUACAGAACAAGGGUGUGAUACAAUCAACACAGAGAGUGAUUGUGAGCCAAUCAGCGUUAGUCAGCACCUCACAACCGAUCGCCGUCGUCAAAUCGGCCAUUGCGCAGAAUUCCCCCCAAAUAACGCAAAGUCAGCAACCAAUUAUAACAACUCAACCGCAACCACACAAGGCGCAGAUCGUCAACCAACAACCCCAACAAAUAGUUGUUUCCCAAAAACAACCACCUGCCCUAAUAAGCACGACUACUGGCAACCCUAUUGGCAACCAACAGAUUAUUCAAGGCAACCAACAGCUACUACAAGGCAACCAGCAAAUUAUUGCGGUGUCAAAUAAUCAACAGAUUAUAGUGAAUACGCCCAUGAAGCAAAACGUUCAUAGAGUUGUGCAACCACAGAGGAUUCAAACAACUGUGAGUAAUGCAGCUCCGGUGCAGAUUGAAAGUAAAUCUGUUGUGCAAAGUCCUGCGAAAACUCAACAACCAGUAAUGCGGCAAGUUAUAACCAGGCAACCAGUGAUGGUUGGAAACACCAAAAUUGGGGAAAAGGAAACAGUUGUUUCACAACCAGUCACAGAGCAAAAGCCACCAAAGUCUGACCCUACUCCACCACCUCAGCCUACAACAUCUCAGAAUCAAGAGGACACGCCAUGGAUAUGCCAUUGGAAAGGAUGUGGCAAAACGUUUACAAAUGCUUCAAGCGUGUUCACGCAUGCGGCGCGUACGCAUUGCCCGGGGGGUGCGGGGGGUGAGGCACCCUGUAUGUGGAUCGAUUGUGAUCGGGUGCCGCGAAAGACAUUUGCCUUGUUGAACCAUCUCAAUGACAAGCAUUGUACCCAGCAGGCUCUGAAAGCAAUAUACAAUUCGCGACGUCAUGCUGCGGCCGAGCCAGAAGCUAACAAGCCGGUCUCCGUCGCCUAUCCACCUAACGCGGCUCUCGCGGCUCUUAAUAAGCACGCGACCGACUUGUAUAAUCCCAGGGAGCUUAUGGAUGAAAAUGAGGGACCGGUGACGAAAAGCAUCCGCCUAACAGCUGCCCUUAUAUUGAGGAACAUCGUCAUUUACUCAAAUACAGGAAGACGAAUGCUCAGACAAUACGAAGCCCAUCUUGCAUCAAUAGCUUUAAGCAGUGUUGAAGCAUCGCGAACAAUCGCCCAAGUCUUAUACGAUAUGAACAAUAUAUGA